AUGGAUAAGUGUCAGGAAAAAGAAAUGUUGCUAAAAGCUGUGGCACAAGGGCAGAUUAAACUUGUAAAACUACUUAUUGAUGGUGGAGUGGACGUAAACUUUCAAGGUUACGACGGUAAAACGCCGUUGAUAGUAGCUUGUAGUUUUGUUGCAGAAAAUAAGGAUUCCGAUUCCCUUAUCGUUCUCAUCAAUCUUCUUUUAAAAAGUGGUGCUUAUACAAAUGCUCAAGAUAUGAAGGGGCGUACUCCACUGAUGUAUGCUGUACGACAUUGCCUUUCAAUUGAUAUCAUCCAGUUAUUAUUAGACAGCGAUGCAGAUCCAACAAUACUUGAUAAUAAUAGAAGAAGUAUGCUGCAUUACAUGAAAAGAAAAUGUUUGCCUAAAUAUAGAUGUAUUUUUAAAAAGUAUAUGGCAUCAGAACUCAGCUCUCGAUCUCAUUACGAGCAAAGAUAUCAGGAAAAAGAAAUGUUGCUGAAAGCCGUUGCACAACAGAAGAUUAAACUUGUAAAACUCCUUAUGGAUGGUGGAGUGGACGUAAACUUUCAAGGUUACGAUGGUAAAACUCCGUUGAUAGUAGCUUGCAGUUUUGUAGCAGAAAAUAAGAAUUCAGAUUCCGAAUCCCUUAUGAAUCUCAUUAAUCUACUUAUAAAGGGUGGUGCUGAUACAAAUGCUCAUGAUAUGAAGGGGCGUACUCCAUUGAUGUACGCUGUACGACAUUUCUUAUCAACUGAUAUCAUCCAGUUGUUAUUAGACAACGGUGCAAAUCCAACUGUGCUUGAUAAUAAUGGAAGAAAUACGCUUCACUAUAUAAAAAGGAAAUGUUUGCCUUACUAUAGAUGUAUUUUUCAAAGAUAUCUCAGCUCAGAAUUCAAGUCGCACAAUCAUGAAUUGCAAAUAUUUACUAAGUCCCCCCAUAACUCGACAAACAGACUUAUAUCUAGUCAAUCGAGCUUUAACAUAGAAGACAACAUUUUUCGGCGAGCGUCUGAUUCUACUGCAACAUGUCGUCUAAAUAAACUUAAGCUUCCAAAGCGAAAAUGCAUUUCUUAUUCAAAUCAAUCUGCCAUAAUAAAUAAAACAAUACCUGAAGAAAAAGAAUGUGAUGAACAGGCUCUACGACCAUAUGAAAAAUGCUCUACCGCUGAAGAUGAUAAAAACCCAGCUAAAGAUGACAUUCGUAUAAUUCAAAUGAAUGAGUUUACACUGAAGAAGAAAAAUGAAUCCAACACCUUAUCUAGCAAUGCUGCUUCCGCGAAAAUUUACCAGUUCGAUAAGAUGGAGGAUAAAAAAAGAAAAACAACAGUUGACAAUUUGACAUGUAAACGUGUUUUAAAAUCAAGUUUCCGGAGUAGUGGAAAUGUAUGGCAGGGUAUUUCAAAAAUAGAGAGCAAGAUGAUGCAGGCAGGGAUGACAAAUGUUCCUGUGAAGUUACCUCCAAUUUUCUAA